AUGACUGCUCCACGGUUGCCAUUCCUGUAUCCGAAUCUUAUGCGCGCUAUUCGAACAUGUGAACCAUCGACCUAUCGCUCAAUUCGGAAUCCCUCAUAUAAUCGUCCCUUCCAUGCCACUCGACCUCACUCACAAGAAGCAUACCAUAGACGCUAUGGGCCCGCCGUAGAGUCCAGCUUGCCUCCUCCACCGCGACCCAAAGACGAGUCAUCGAGUGAACAAGCUUCGAAACCAUCGGCGGCGAAAGAGAAUAGGGACCACAUCCCCGCGGAGCAGUCGCAAUCACAAGAUUCCGCCAACAUGCAUAUCCCAGAGGCCCCGCCUCAGGGCGAGGAUGAGAAGGCAGCGCAGCUCCAUGAGAGCAAAGCCUUGGACGACUCCCCCACGCACGAUGAAUCCGAGCCCGAGCUCGAUAUUCACGCCUCCCAGGAAGUUCCGCCUAUCCCCACCGAGCGUGCGAAAGAAGAGCGGCACAUCCCCAAUCCUCUGAACGAAAAUCCUCUUGAAGGGGUCCUCCAUAUGCCAUCUCCCUCCUCCAACCUCACCCCGACAGAAACUCCUCCUUUCGACGGUAGACCGCCCCAUCUUGCUCCUGCGCCGUAUGUUCAUCACUUCGACACCUACUCCCUUGUCCGCGACCUGUCCAAAGGCGGUUUCUCGGAUGAACAAUCAGUCACCAUCAUGAAAGCAGUCAGGAAUAUCCUGCAAGGUAACCUAAAUAUCGCGAAGCAAAGCCUUACUUCGAAAUCCGACGUCGAGAAUGAAACCUACCUCUUCAAAGCGGCUUGUUCCGAGCUCCAAUCAUCUCUCCAGACUGCGCGGAAUUCUGAGAUGCAGCGGCAACGGGCAUCCAGGACUCAAUUACAACGCGAAGCAGAUAUACUGUCUCAGCGUCUGAAUCAGGAGCUUUCGGGGAUGAAGGAUGAUAUCAAGGGGAUGUUCAACGACCAUAAAAUGACGACUCGGGAACAGCAACGGAGCAUAGAUACUUCCGUUCAGGAGCUCAACUAUAAGAUCACAGUCUCGCUGAACAGUGACGGUAAAAGUGAGAUUGAGGGUCUCAGAUGGAUCCUGACUCGAAGGGCCGCAAUGGCUAUCGCAACUAGUGCUUUCAUGAUUAUCAUCUUCCUCAAGUAUUACUCUGUGCGCAAGGCGCAGGAGGCCGCUGAAAAGAAGAAAGAGGCUCCUGUCAAAGACCGUACUGAGAAGAGAGUGACUCAGGAAUCUGCUCCUCCACCGACAGCUGUAUCAAUGCCAGAGAUUAUUAUCAGCGAAUCUUUGGGCUGA